AUGGCGUGCGCUGUUCCGCCCCUGCUGGCAGUGAGGCUCGUGUUCGGCGCCAAGACGGAGCUCGUGGACGUGCCUCACCUCAUAGAGAGCAUGUCUGGGUUGCUGGACACUUCGGUUGACGUCCCUCCGCUCCGGGCGUGUAAACUCGGUUCCGUAAAGUUACUGGAUCGCAUCUGGAACAGCAGCGACGUUUACGCUCAAGACAGCACCGCUGUAACAAGCGAAACUUUCACCCUCCGCAAGUUCCUGCGUGCGGACCGUCACUACCAGCAAUAUUUCUUCACUUCGACCUUGAAAGAGGCCGCUCCAAGUAAAAAUUUGGGGGUGGUCAAGUGGAUUUCGAGCAAGUUCCCAACAUUUCAAGUUUCCUCGGAAAUCGUGGCCAGGGCGUGUCUAGCUGGAGCUUUGGACAUUCUGCAGUUCUUUCAUGACAAUUGCACUCAAGUGUUGGAGAAAAGGGAGAAAUUUGGGGUGGGGCAUCCAGUUGACUGGGGAAAUUUAACCAUGUCGGCAGCGAUUUUGGGUCGUCGAAGUGACAUUGUGUGGUGGCUGCAUCGCCACUUUCCAGACGCCAACUACAAUUUGGAGAUUGCAUUGGAGUCGGCACUAAAAGUGGGGAAUGUCUUGAUAGCAAAAUGGCUGCUGAACCAAGGGGCAGAAUGGCGCCGACGCCGGCGUAACCCUACUGAGCGUAUUGAUGCCUGCUACGUUGCUGGGCAAGAGCGACUGGACGUACUGCACUGGCUGGACGAACGGGGACAAAUUGAUAGCGGGGACGUGCGAAUGUUGGUAAAUGCUGCCAAAGGAGGACACUUGGAAGUUGUACGCUGGUUGAUCGAGCAUCGUGGUUCGAGUACUGCAGCUGUAGCAGAUGCAAUGCUCGCGACUCACGCCGCUGCAAGCAAAUGGCCCCUGAAAGUUGCGAAGUUCUUGCGAGAGUUCACGAAAGAAGCGGAGGGCUCGCCGACAAGUGAACUGCUCGACAGUAUCGAGGGAAACAUGCGAAUGGCUGCGAGGAGGGGGCGCCUCGGCGUUGCUCGAUGGCUGCUCGAAGAGUAUGGGGACAGUGUCGAUUUUUUCGUGGAUGAUAAGGGGCACCCAAUCAGUGUUUAA